CAGCCUCGGUGUUUAAAAGAGCUGGAUGUCCCCCGGAAUUGGGUUGUUCGUCAUCCCCAAAUUCUCCUUAGCAUUUGAAAUAAAAAUCAAUAGCUAUGGGAAAGAAAACACCCACGCUCGAGGGCCACAUCACCGGCCAAUCCAAUGAGCCUAUUUCGAAGCCAGCUCAUGCUCUCUCAUUCAUACAGGUCAUCGAGGAGACAAAGUGUAACCCCGACGAUGGCCUGACCACUUCCGAAGCAAAGACACGACAUGAGAAGUUUGGAAACAACGACUUGGGCGACGAUGAAGGAGUCAAGCCAGGGAAGAUCCUGCUCCGGCAGAUUGCCAACGCUAUGACAUUGGUACUCAUCCUUGCCAUGGGUGUGAGCUUCGGUAUCAAGUCAUGGAUUGAAGGUGGUGUAGUAACCGCCAUCAUCAUCCUCAACAUUGUUGUCGGUUUCAUGCAAGAAUUCAAUGCCGAGAAGACGAUGGACUCGCUUCGAGGACUGAGUUCGCCUACCGCUACCGCUAUACGUGACGGAAAAACUGUUACCAUCCCAACGGUUGAAAUCGUUGUUGGUGAUUUGGUCGAGCUGAAGACAGGUGACACUGUCCCAGCUGAUAUCCGUCUCGUUGAGGCCGUGAACUUUGAAACUGACGAGGCAUUAUUGACUGGAGAGUCGCUCCCUGUCUUGAAAGACGGUGAUGCCGUAUUCAACGAUGAUACCGGCCCUGGCGAUCGCUUGAACGUUGCUUUCAGCUCUUCAACCGUCACCAAGGGCCGAGCUCGAGGUGUCGUGUUUGCUACCGGAAUGUACACUGAAAUCGGAUCCAUCGCCAUGUCACUUCGACAGAAGGGUUCUCGCCGUCGCCCGGUUAAGCGCAAGGCUGAUGGUUCUGCCAAACCGCACAGAUACGCAGAAGCGUGGGGCUUGACCGCCGCUGAUGCUGUUGGGCAUUUCCUUGGUGUCAACGUCGGUACCCCGCUCCAAAAGAAACUCGCUCGUCUUGCUCUACUCCUGUUCGGUAUUGCAGUAGUCUGCGCUAUCAUCGUGCUGGCUGCCAACAACUUCUCCAACAACCAGGAGGUCAUUAUCUACGCUGUCGCUACGGGCCUCAGUAUGGUCCCUGCGUCACUCAUUGUGGUUUUGACGAUCACGAUGGCUGCUGGUACUAAGCGCAUGGUCGAAAGGCACGUCAUUGUCCGUAGUCUUAAGUCGCUUGAAGCCCUUGGUGGUGUCACAGACAUUUGCUCCGACAAGACUGGCACACUCACUCAAGGAAAGAUGGUUGCAAAGAAGGCUUGGAUUCCCGCCAAAGGAACCUACUCUGUCGGUGUGACCACCGAACCCUUCAACCCCACUGUCGGCUCUCUCAGCUUUACAACCAAGCCACCGCGACACAUUGACCCGGACAUGGAGGAGAAGCCCCAACCCUCCGAUGAGUUGCUGGCAGACAACCCACACUUACUCGACUAUCUGAAGAUCGCUUCUUUGGCCAACUUGGCGAAUGUACACAAGACCAACGAAGGUGUCUGGAAUGCCCGAGGCGACCCAACUGAAAUCGCCAUCCAGAUCUUCGCUUCUCGAUUCGGCUGGAACCGUCUACCAUACACAACUGGCGAGUCCCCUGCCUGGAAACAACUGGCUGAGUUUCCGUUCGAUUCGGAUGUCAAGAAGAUGUCAGUUAUCUUUGAAGACAUUGCCAACAACAAGAAGCACGUUUUCACAAAGGGCGCUGUAGAGCGAGUCAUCUACUCGUGCAGUACUGUCUUCAAUGGCGAAAGUGAAUCUGCCGUUGAGAUGGAUGAUGACUACCGUGAGGAGAUUCUGGCCAACAUGGAAGCUUUGGCAUCCCUGGGUCUCCGUGUCUUGGCUUUGGCUAGUAAGGAGUUUACCGACGCGCUUCCCGCAAAGGGCGAAGAGGUCGACCGAAGCAGAAUCGAAAGCAACUUGGUGUUCCGUGGUCUCGUCGGUCUCUACGACCCCCCUCGACCCGAAACUGCUGGAGCCGUUCGUCAAUGCCAGAAGGCCGGAAUCGAAGUACACAUGCUUACUGGUGACCAUCCGGGGACUGCCCGCGCCAUCGCUGCCGAAGUCGGCAUUCUACCUUCGAACAUGUCUACUCUCGCUAAGGAAGUUACGGAUGCUAUGGUAAUGACAGCAUCUCAGUUCGAUAGGCUUUCCGAAGAUCAGAUCGACGCUCUUCCACUCCUUCCCCUCGUCAUCGCUCGAUGCGCUCCCAACACCAAGGUUCGAAUGAUCGAUGCUCUGCAUCGAAGGAAGGCUUUCGCCGCUAUGACCGGUGACGGUGUCAACGACUCUCCAUCUCUGAAGCGAUCCGACGUUGGUAUUGGAAUGGGCACUGGAUCUGACGUAGCCAAAGACGCUUCCGACAUUGUUCUGACCGACGACAACUUCGCUUCCAUCCUCAACGCCAUCGAAGAGGGCCGCCGCAUGUUUGACAACAUCCAGAAGUUCAUUCUUCACUUGCUCGCACAGAACGUCGCACAGGCUUGCGUUUUGCUCAUCGGUCUUGCUUUCAAAGACGAGAGUGGUCUCUCCGUCUUCCCCAUCACUCCUGUAGAAGUCAUGUGGAUUAUUAUGGUUACUUCCAGUUUGCCCGAUAUGGGUCUUGGUUUCGAGAUUGCUGCUCCAGACAUCCUGGACCGACCUCCCCAAAGUCUCAAGCGCGGUGUCUUCACUACUGAAGUUCUACUCGACAUGGUCGUCUACGGUCUCUGGAUCGCCGCCCUCUGCCUUGCGUCCUUUGUCCUUGUCAUGUAUGGUUGGGGAGAUGGAAACCUCGGUCGCAACUGCAACGACACCUACUCCGACUCCUGCGACACGGUGUUCCGCGCGCGUGCAACCGCCUUUGCCUGCCUUACCUGGUUCUCGCUCUUCCUUGCAUGGCAGAUGUUGGACAUGCGCCGCUCGUUCUUCGCCAUGCAGCCCGGCUCCACGAAGUACUUCACCCAAUGGAUGAUCGACGUAUGGCGCAAUAAGUUCCUCUUCUAUUCCAUCAUGGCUGGUUUCGUCACCAUCUUCCCUGUCUUGUACAUCCCAGUCAUCAACCAGGUUGUGUUCAAGCACAAGGGCAUCAGCUGGGAGUGGGGUAUCGUCUUUGUGGCGACGAUCCUUUUCUUUCUUGGUGUUGAGAGCUGGAAGUUUGCCAAGAGAACUUACUUCAAAAUGCAGGAGAAGAAGACAGGCGGUGGCAGGAGAGGAUCGAUCGAUCUCGAGUCUCGCGUUUUCGAGAGAUAUCUCAGCACUGCUAUCAGCUCUGAUGGAGACCAUGAUGAGAAGAAGUAAUUUGCAGUAAGAAUUUGAUGAGCACAUAUGAACACAAGUUGGUGGGUAUUGCCCAGUUGGGAACAAGGUUUUUCGAAGAUCGGGUUUGACCUUCAAGGAAAAGGGAGAUUUUUUUGUUUUGAUACCACUACGCCUUGACAACUGAGUCGAAGGUUUUGCUGUUGUUUUAAAUACCACAUUGCGAGUAGUAAUUACGAUACCUCAUGAAUCCAAUCUAGAUAC